CUUCUACAGGUCAGAUUUUCUUCAGACUGAAAAGGAGUUGUAGCACAUGAGGAUCUGAUACAGUAGAACAUAGUCAAUUACAACUUUAAAAGAUUUCUGCCUUAACUGAGUGCAGGGGUACUUACUGCAAGGAAGGACUGACAGCAGUUCCUUAAACACCACUGGGUCUUCUUACAAGUUGACGAAGUGAAAAAACUAAGAAACUGCUUUCAAGCAUUGAAGAUACCAGGCCAGGAUGAACACGAAGGACACAAAAGUGACAGAAGGAGGUCUCAAUGUCACACUGACCAUACGUCUUCUCAUGCACGGCAAGGAGGUUGGGAGCAUUAUUGGAAAGAAAGGGGAGACAGUUAAGAAGAUGAGGGAGGAGAGUGGUGCUCGAAUCAAUAUUUCAGAAGGUUCCUGUCCAGAAAGAAUUGUGACAAUAACAGGCCCAACAGAUGCGAUUUUUAAGGCUUUUUCUAUGAUUGCAUUAAAAUUUGAAGAGGACAUAAAUGCUUCAAUGACAAACAGCACAGUGACAAGCAAACCACCUGUGACAUUGCGACUUGUAGUCCCUGCAAGUCAGUGUGGAUCCCUUAUAGGAAAAGGUGGCUCCAAAAUCAAAGAAAUCAGGGAGUCCACAGGGGCCCAGGUACAAGUAGCAGGGGAUAUGUUGCCAAAUUCAACAGAACGUGCUGUAACUAUAUCAGGCACUCCGGAUGCCAUUAUUCAGUGUGUAAAACAAAUCUGUGUGGUCAUGCUAGAGUCCCCACCCAAAGGUGCCACCAUUCCCUACCGUCCCAAACCUGCCUCUGCACCUAUCAUUUUUGCAGGUGGCCAGGUAAGAGCAGACACCAUUUUGGCUUCAGCUGGAAACCACACCGUCUUGGCCCAACCUCAGCCAGCGCCUGCGUUUACAAUUCAGGGGCAGUAUGCUAUCCCUCAUCCAGACUUGACCAAGCUUCACCAGUUGGCUAUGCAGCAUCCCCCCUUUACUCCCCUUGGGCAGACCACCCCUGGUUUCCCUGGAUUGGAUGCCACUACUCCAACCAGUUCCCAUGAGCUUACUAUUCCAAAUGAUUUAAUAGGCUGCAUUAUUGGCAGACAAGGCAGUAAGAUAAAUGAAAUCAGGCAGAUGUCAGGAGCGCAGAUCAAGAUUGCUAAUGCCACAGAAGGCUCGGCAGAGCGACAAGUUACAAUCACAGGCUCCCCGGCAAACAUCAGCUUAGCACAGUACCUCAUUAAUGCAAGGGAUUCCCCACACAUCGAGACGAGAAUAGACCCCUCCACUUUUAGUUGCACAAACGCCAUAUGGCAUGCACCUGGAUUGCAGAAGAUGAUAAUUUAAGAUCUUCAAGACAGCUAAAGCAUGCAAAUAAAAUAAUGCAAGUUAUUAAUGGAGUUGCAGUGAGCUGCUCACCAGAGACAGAAACUCUAGUGAACAAACCUCUCUUUGACUCAAUUAGAAAAUCCUGUGAACUCUCACAGCUCUGUUUAUUGCUGUCUAGUGGUUCUUUUCAUGGAAUGGGACAUUUAAGAGGUCUUUUAACACACUUUUGCAAUGAAGAAAACUGCUGAGCAAUCAUAUUCCAUGAAUACUAUAUACCCUGUGAAACUAGAAACAUUGUAGUAUUUUCUUCCUGUUGAAUUUCUAGUUAGAAAGCAUUUGUUACCAUCAGAUACAAUAAGCCAUUAUAUAUUAUGUACCAUAUGUUGAAAAUGUAUUUAGGUAAAAUGACUUCAUUUGUGAAUGAAGAGUCUUAAAACAAUGUGUGAUAAAUUAAGCUCUCAAGUAUCAUAGGUAAUUAAGGUGGCCUUUUCAUUGUUAAAAACUAUGCUAUGUGACUAAUCUUUUGCUAAAAGAUAUAAUGAGGAGAGAGGAAUUCUGUUAACUUAGGUGCCAACACAGCAACAGAACUAGUUGGCAGUCAAGGAUUGAAUGGGCCAUGGAAAUUGAGUAACUACAGUCCAGCAAGCGGUGUCCCCAGCCUGUGGCUUACGCAGCUUGGCAAGGCCAUGGGAGGGAAAUAUAGAGUGCCAAGCCCGUGUGGGACCUAUUCUGUGGGUAAAUGGAUCCAGCUUCAAGGGUUGUAAAUCCAAAACUUGAUAUGAGUCCUACGUGCUCUUUCUUUUUUUAUUUUUUUAUUUAUUUAUAAUUUUUUAUUAAAUAUAAAAGGCAGAUGUGAAAUAAAUUGUUACUAGAGAGAGUGGAGUACAAUAUCAAAGUACUAAACUCACCAAGAUACCCACUGGUAUGCAAGAAUAGUCAAUGUACGCCGAGGUCAGGGGACACCAAGUUUUCCCAUCAUUCCUGGAUCUACCUUUUCUGUCCGUUCAGGGAUUACUUCUGAUACUGACAUCACUGCAGACCAAUCAGCUCUGACUAGUGUGCUAAUGUCAUUCCCAUUAGUUUGGUUUCCAGGGGCAUUACUUCCAGGAAUUAUAAUACGUAAUUCAAGGUUUGACAGUAGCCUGCAUUUUAAAAAAAUACCAGUUCUUUGAAGUACUUGAACUAUUUCUAGCCAGUUUUGUCAUCUUUAAAAUCUUUUAUCAGACAAGUUUAAAUAAAGAUUCUUCUGUUGCAAUAUCUUGUUGAAUAUGUGCAUGAGAAUAUCUAAACUAAGUUAGAUUUAAGGGCAGCAUGGUCUGUUGAGACAGAGAUUUAACCUUAUUUUUGUUUCUGUAUGGAUAUAACCAACUGUUGAUAUUUGUACCCCUGAAAUAUGCCCCAUCUUAGUCAUGUGCAUUAGGAAUGCUUUAUUUCCUGUACAUCUCUUGUCUCUUAACUGGUCUUCUGCCUGAACCAUGUAACUACAGGACUUGCGAAAUAAGGUUCCACUGUAAUAACUGGAUCCUUGUUAUCAAAUUAUUAUCUUAAAAUUCUUACUACAAAUGAAAUGAACCACAAUUUAAGUUUAACCUGUAUGCUAUCUAACUUCUUCUUUGGGUUAUAAAUGAAUUUUAGCCAAUGGAGCUUUCUUAUUCUUGUUGAAGAGUAGCUUUUUGAAGAU